AUGGAGGAAGAACCCAGGCACAGGAGGGAUAGAGGGUUUUCUGACACCACUUUGCCCUCUGGCGUCUCUUCUCUUUCAGACCCUAGCCUGGACUUGACUGCACUCUCCUGGGAGGUGGGCUGCGGAGCCCCCGUUCCUCUGGUGAAAUGUGAUGAAAACAGCCCUUAUCGCACCAUCACGGGAGACUGUAAUAACAGGAGGAGCCCCGCGCUGGGCGCCGCCAACAGGGCGCUGGCGCGCUGGCUGCCGGCGGAGUACGAGGACGGGUUCGCCCUGCCCUUCGGCUGGACGCAGAGGAAGACGCGCAACGGCUUCCGCGUCCCGCUGGCCCGUGAGGUAUCCAACAAAAUUGUAGGCUACCUGGACGAAGAGGGUGUUCUGGACGAAGACAGGUCCCUGCUCUUCAUGCAGUGGGGUCAAAUUGUGGACCACGACCUGGACUUCGCCCCAGAAACAGAACUGGGGAGCAGUGAGCACUCCAAAGCCCAUUGUGAGGAGCACUGUAUCCAGGGAGACAACUGCUUCCCCAUCAUGUUCCCGAAAAAUGAUCCCAAGUUGAAGACUCAAGGGAAAUGCAUGCCUUUCUUCCGAAAUGGGUUUGUCUGCCCCACUCCACCUUACCAGUCGUUGGCCCGAGAACAGAUCAAUGCUGUGACCUCCUUCUUGGAUGCCAGCUUAGUGUACAGCUCUGAGCCCAGCCUGGCCAGCCGUCUCCGGAACCUCAGCAGCCCGCUGGGUCUCAUGGCUGUCCACCAAGAAGCCCGGGACCACGGGCUGGCCUACCUGCCCUUUGUCAACAAGAAGCCGAGCCCCUGUGCGUUCAUCAACACCACUGCCCGCGUGCCCUGCUUCCUGCCGGGAGAUUCCCGAGCCUCAGAGCAGAUCCUGCUGGCCACUUCCCACAUGCUCCUUCUCCGAGAGCACAACCGGCUGGCCAGAGAACUAAAGAAACUCAACCCUCACUGGGAUGGGGAGAAGCUCUACCAGGAAGCCCGGAAAAUCCUGGGAGCCUUCAUACAGAUUAUCACCUUCAGGGACUACCUGCCCAUUGUGCUAGGCAGUGAGAUGCAGAAGUGGAUCCCGCCAUACCAAGGCUAUAACAACUCUGUGGAUCCCCAAAUUUCCAAUGUCUUCACCUUUGCCUUCCGCUUUGGCCACUUAGAGGUUCCCUCCACUGUGUCCCGCCUGGAUGAGAAUUACCAGCCAUGGGGUCCGGAAGCGGAGCUCCCCCUGCACACCCUCUUCUUCAACACCUGGAGGAUAAUCAAAGACGGUGGAAUUGACCCUCUGGUGCGGGGUCUGCUGGCCAAGAAGUCCAAACUGAUGAAUCAGGAUAAAAUGCAGACAAGUGAGCUGUGCAACAAGCUUUUCCAGCCCACUCACAAGAUCCACGGCUUUGACCUGGCUGCUGUCAACUUACAGCAUUGCCGGGACCAUGGGAUGCCUGGGUACAACUCCUGGAGGGGCUUCUGUGGCCUCUCACAGCCCAAGACACUGAAGGGGCUGCAGGCCGUGCUGAAGAACAAGAUACUGGCUAAGAAGUUACUGGAUCUCUACAAGACCCCCGACAACAUUGACAUCUGGAUCGGGGGCAACGCCGAGCCCAUGGUAGAAAGGGGCCGGGUGGGGCCUCUCCUGCCUCAUAGGGAGGCAAUUCCAGCAGAUCCGUGA